AUGAGUGAUCCGCUUAGCAUUGCUGCAAGCGUGAUAGCACUGCUUCAGCUCACAGCGACCGCUACACAGUAUCUCAAGGACGUCAAGCAUGGAUCAGCUGAUCGGCUGCGGUUACGCGAUGAGCUGAGAAGUACGGCCUGUCUUCUUGAAAUGCUCAAAGAUCGCGUUGAGGAUGCCGACGAUGCGUCUGAAACCGAAGAGACCCUCAAACCUGGAUCUAUACGGGCUCUAGCGGAGCCCGAUGGCCCUCUCAGCCUCUUUGGGCAGAUACUCCAGGAAAUCAUCACCAAGCUUGAACCACAAGCUAGCUUGCGUCGCUUGGCCAAGCCUUUCACUUGGCCCUUUGACAAAAAAGAUAUUUCUGAGAUGCUGAACUCUUUAGAACGUCUAAAAAGUCAUUUCAGUCUGAUUAUGCAGAACGAUCUUCGAGAACUAGCCAAAUUAUCGAACCUUAAACUGAAUGACCUGAAUGAUAAAGCUGAUAGAUCUGAGGCUAAAUCACGAGAUGAGGAAGCAAUAAAGAUCAUCUCUUGGAUCAGCCCGAUUUCUUUUCAUGCGAAGCAUAUUGAUAUUCUAGAGCGAGUUGAGCCAGGGACCGGCACUUGGCUAAUUGAGCAUGACACCGUUCAGGGCUGGCUUAGAGGAGAUAUUAACGUCCUUUGGUGCCCGGGCAUUCCUGGAGCGGGAAAGACAAGUCUAGUUUCCCUAAUCAUCAACCGCCUCGAACAAGAGAGAGCUGCUGACAUCACUUGCGCGUACGUCUACUGCGAUUAUAAUCAACGCCUUGAGCAGACACCAUAUGCUCUACUCUCGAGUCUACUACAACAGGUCCUUCGAAACUUCGCAGACCAACCAUUGCCGGCAGAUGUAUCAGUACUCUACAGUCAACACCAGAAAUAUGGCACACGUCCUACACAAACCCAGAUCACAGAGAUCCUUCAAAAGCUCGCUGCGAAACUAGCGACAUUCUACAUAGUAGUAGAUGCUCUAGAUGAGUGCGGCGAGUCUGAAGAGGACGCUCUCCAGUUCAUGGAGAUAGUGUCUUCUCUGGGGGCACGCGUCAAGGUUCUCUACACAUCUCGGUUUUCUACCACCUUUGAGGAACACUUCAGCCAGUCCGAGAAGCUGCAGAUAUCUGCUCAAAACGCUGACAUCACAACGUUUCUUGACGCCCAAAUCCGUCAGAAAUACCGCCUAUCGAGGCAUGUGCGUGCUGAUCCAAAGUUGAAGGAUGAAAUUGUUGAGACCAUCAUUCAAGAGUCUCAGGGCAUGUUUCUGCUCGCCAAGUUGCAUCUAGAAUCUCUUUCCCAAAAGAUCAAUCGCAAAGAGGUGCGGAUAUCUCUCAAAACUCUCCCCGCAUCGCUAAAUGCCACAUACUCGGAGGCUCUGGACCGAAUAUACAGGCAAGCACCAGAAGCAGUAGAAUUGGCUGAGGCUGUGCUGUUUUGGGUAUUAUGUGCGAAGCGCUCCUUGACAAUCUUGGAGCUGCAACAGAUAUACGCCACCCAAGACUUGCCAGAGGACGCGGGUCUUGAGGAAGAUGAUCUCCCAGACGCUGACAUCUUGACUGGCGUCUGCGGAGGACUCAUCAUGGUCGAUAGUGACUCCAGGACUGUCCGACUCGUACACUACACAGCUCAACAAUACUUUGAGCAAUUCCAUAGCCAGAAGCUCACGCAAGCGAGGAUCAGCAUCACGAAUAUCAGUCUCAAGUAUUUGGCUUUGCCAAACUUCUCGAGUGGGAUUUGCACCACGGACAAAGCCAUGGCCCAACGCCUCGAAGAAUACCCUUUCCUCGACUAUGCUGCAAAGCACUGGGGUGCUGAAAUCAACAUUUUUGAUCAAGAUGGCCACGUUCCGGCCUUUGAUAAAUUGGCCUCCAGCACCACUGCACUGGGAACCACCAGUCAAGCUUUUGGGAUCCCUAGCGACCGUCAUUCAAACUGGAGUCAAGAGUUUCCGAGAGAUAUCCCGGCCCUCGUUCUGGCCGCUACAUUCGAUCUUCCCAGGGUACUCGAACGAAUGGUACGGACGGGCCACGACUUGGAAAGUAAGGGGACUGAUGAGGAUACGGCGUUGAUUCGCGCUGCAAGCUUUGGGCACCAGGAAAAUGCACGCGUCCUCCUGCAUCUAGGUGCUGAUAAAAAUGCCCGAGAUCACAUGAACGAAACAGCUCUCCAGAGGGCUGCCGGCAAUGGAGAGGCCGACGUUAUCAAAGUUCUGUUGGAAAAAGAAGCUGACGUCAACGUGAGUACAUCAAGCGAUUGGACUGCUCUUAUGGCUGCUGUUUCUAGUGGCAACAUUGAGGCUGUCCAGAUGCUGGUGGACGCGGGAGCCAACCUUAUGGCGGAGACUGUUUGGGGGGACUCUGCUCUCAGCAUCGCGACCCGCAAUGGUCAAGAGGCUAUUGCCACGCUUCUGGCUGACCGAGGCGCAAUUCUCCCUCAUGGCCCAGCUGGCCGUCGAGCGUCCACUGUGGCUUCUCGCAGAGGCUUUUUGCAGCUUGUCCGGCGGCUCACAGCCGACUAUGAAGCCGUCGCCAGCCAGCCUUUGCAGCGCCAGAGUCUCAGGAUCAUGGGCGGAUUGUCUCACAUUGGUGAGGUUGAUGAACCGGCCAGAGCAGAGGAAGAAGCCAGCUCCGCCGAGAUACCUGAACCAGACCAAGGUGACUUCUCUGAGGCGACAGAAGGUCUGGAUUAUAACAUGGGAUUUUCGAGACGUUAUGACUUGAAGGAAAGUAUUGGCAAAGGCCAUUUUGCAGAAGUGUUCUCUUGUACCAACAGAGUAACUGGUUUAGUAUACGCGGCCAAGGUCUGGAAAAUCGAGAGAUGGAUAAAGGCUUCCACCAAGAUUGAAGGGAUUCACAGUGAGUCCCAUACAUUGCAGAGAGCACAGAAGCACUCGCAAGCCAACAUCCUGCGCAUUGUCGAUCUUUUCGCCGAAUACGCGGAGGCCAAAGUUUACAUGGUUCUGGAACUCGCCCCGGAGGGAGAGCUGUUCAACUUUAUCGUCAUGAAGCAGCGUCUGACGGAAGCUGAAGCUCGAAAGAUCCUUCAACAAAUUUUCUCUGCGCUUGAGUUCUUGCAUGGCUUAGGGCUGGCACAUCGGGAUAUCAAACCGGAAAACAUCCUUCUGUUCGACAAAGAGUGCCUUCACAUCAAGCUGGCCGACUUUGGUCUCACCAAGAAUAUCGGCUGUGAGCCUGAUAGCGUGGAACUUGCGACCACUCUCUGUGGCACACCUAGUUAUGUAGCCCCUGAAGUCCUUGAAGAUAGGGCACAAAGACGAUACGGACUCGGCGUCGAUGUCUGGUCUGCUGGUGUCGUCUUAUACAUCUGCCUUUGCGGCUUUCCGCCAUUCUCCGACGAACUCUACUCCGAGGCAUUUCCCUACACCCUUUCACAGCAAAUCAGGUCCGGAAGGUUCGACUACCCUUCGCCCUAUUGGGAUCCCAUUGGAGACCCAGCGCUUGACCUGAUUGACAGCAUGCUUGUUGUCAAUGCGGAGAAACGAUUCAGUGUUAAGCAGUGCAUUAGCCAUGCAUGGACGGUUGACGCAAGUACUUCUAUAUUGCAGGAUGUCAUUAGGUCAGCCAGUCCAGAGCCGAUGUAA